GGUAUAAGAAAAAAUAUGGAAGGUUUUAGGCUAUUUUUCUUGUUUGAAUUUGAUAUGAAAUCCUUAAAUGUUCAAACAGUUAAGAUAUCUUACGAAGAAUUAGGUGAGGUAGCAGUUGUUUUUUGUCAAAACAAGGUAAGUCAAAUAUGGAUAAAAUGUUCUUUCUGCAACUCUGAGCUCCUUAAAAUUCUUGGAACUCCCUAGCUUCUUAUAAUAAUGUGGUACGAGUUAUUAUAAAGAUCAGACUGAGUUUUUUUAAUUUCUAAAAAGAUAAGUAAGCAUUUAAAAUUAUCAAAAAUUCCUCUUUACUCUCAGACUGCAUCCACUAAUACUGACACAACAACAAAUCCCCCCACUUCCAUCAGUAAACCCUCAGCUAUAAGUUAUUUAGCAUCACCAGCUCCUUUAGACAUCAAAACUCUAUACAUCAAAACUCUAUACAUUGUCUAUUCUCAGCUAAUACUAAAAUUUAAAAUUUCUUAUCUUAACUUCUAUCGUUCUCUUCGAUCCCAUUCCAAAUUUCUUAAGUUCAAAACCCCCCAAAGAACAUCCUAGGAGUAGCUCCAAGCUGUAAAUAGAUGCUAAAGCCUUAUCUUGGCCUGAAAGUCUCCUGCUGGACUACAGUCACUCUUAAGAAGUGUCUCUUCCUUUAAGAAUUCGCCAAGCGAACCCACAGGUUUAGAAUAAGAACAAAGCUCAUUGUGGAACGUUUAAAGCAGAAAGUGGAAAUCCAUUUGUAAGCUGACUGGGAGAUUAGUGGGAUGCAAGUAGAGAUCCAAGUGUUUAGGGAGGAUAAGACUGAAGGUUUAGUAGAAGG